AUGGGGUUUUCGGCGAAGGAGCAUCUCGAGAGGUGUCUGAAGGAGCGGAAAAAUUACUCGGUGGCGAAGGCGCACUGCCGACUCUCCUCGCUCUAUGCUGAUUUUGAUCCAGUGCUUACUGACAUCACGGAGCUGCUCUUCAACGUCAAAUGGGGUCGCACGGCGGAGGCAGUUACGACGCUAGAGCGGAUUGUGAGGACGCACUCAUCUGCUCAUUCCUGGACAGUGGUGUAUGAGCUAUUCACAAAAGCUUGCACAGUGGCAACCAGCACUGAAAGAGCGUUGUUUAUGGGGAUUUCGGACGAGUCGUUCGAAUUUGUUAUUAGUGGUGUCACGAAGCGCUUGGGCAACGACGAAAACUCGAAGACAAAAUUGUUCCUGUUCUGUCUGCAUAAUGCUGAUGAAAAUAAGUUCGCAAAGCUAUUGAGUCGUGCUAUAACGUUUUUGACGGAGAGGGCCAAUAACGACAAAAAUCAAGUAGACGGUAUUAACAAAUACCACUUAUACCUAGCAAUUGUUGCCGCACCGGCUCUUUUGAAGUUGAAUUUUACAAGUAUAACAGCAACUAGAGCACUGGGCAUCGUUAUUACCGUUCUUCACGUUGCUGUUGCAUGGACAGAGCAUCAUGACUACUGGAUCGGAAUUCUGAGCACCUUCUCUAGAGAAUACGUGGCCGAAGCGGAGCUUUUCUUACAGAACGGUUUCAAAAUAGCCGCAGCGCUUUUGGACAAAUGUAUUGAUACAGUGUUGGCUUGGAUUUCUGAAGAUAAUUGGGCCAUGGACGUCGAUAAACUGCUAAGCAGUAGUGCCGAUACUGUGACUCCAUCAAAAAGACCGCGGCUGAAGGAGAAAAAAGGACAGUUAACAUCAUCUCACACAAACGCAGAUGAGAAAUAUCGCAAUAAUUUGAUUGCGUGGAUGAACCGGAGCGUUUACGGGAACGGUUUGUUGGAAAGUGGCGUUGCUCUCGUUGAAUUUCGAGAGCCCGACACUCUGGCUAUGUCAAACUUCGAUAUAUUUUAUUCGUAA